GAGGAGGAUCCCGAUUUUUGGCCAUCUUCUCUGCUGCUUCUUCCAGUUCCUCACCUUCCGUGCUCCGGGUGUGAUCGCUAUUUGUUUGGAAGCCUUGCGUCAGUUGAGAUCGGAUGGUGAACGCGGAAGCUGUUUGUCGGAUCCCGUGACUUGAUCUCCGAACAAGUUCGUGCUUCUCAAAGGUUUCCUGUGUCUUCAUAGCUUUAGCACAUAGCUUAGCGACCGGUGCCAAAGGGGCAAGUUGUGUGAACGGAAACAUUUCUCGUAGAUCUUAUUGUGCGUUACUAACUAGAAUCCCGUUUUGUGCUUCUACUGAAAGGGAACUAUUGCGAUCCCCUUGGGGAGAAAAAGGCAUGUCCAUCACUAAAAGGCCGCCGUACAACCCAUAACAAACAUGGCGAUGACAUCGACAUAACGAACCCCUUUUGGGGGGCGUCUUCCAACCUGCCAUUCAUUCUAUUCGGAGUGGCUGGUCGGGGUGAAGAAACUCAUUUUCGCCUUAUCAUGGGGUCAUGAUCUCCUCAAACUUUGUGAUUUCCGCUGGGAGUGGCAAUGAGCCCGAAUAGUUCGGAUACCAGCUUACGUCGUCCCAGUCGCGAGGCCGAGGAUGACGGAACGACCCCCCACAACAACGGGAACCUCGACCACAACAUACCUGAUGAGAUCCAGGCCACCUGGGGGGUGAUGCCCUUCCUGGACGAGCGAAUUGCUCCAUCGGAAGCAGAACCACUACGGCAAAGUAGAACACGUAGUGGUAUGACCAGCAAAAAAUCAAGACGACCGUUCUUCCAUCAGCACCUCAGGUCGGCUUCGUCAUCGACUUACUUGGCUCCUCAGAGGCAAUUGUCUGGUUUCACUGGUCCAUUUCCCGCCUUCUUCUUCAUCAAACCGUGGGCUCGGAGAAAAUGCUGGCAAAAACUCACCAGGAUCUUCCUCACCCUAAUUUUAGUCAUCACCAUAUCAAUAAAUGUGGUUUUCAUGCUUGAAACAAGUCGCCAUGGAUUAGCCCCCGAAUCUAAGCGACCUGUCACUGCCAACGGCCAUGUGGUGGAUAGGGAACCCUCGGAUAUCCUGCCCACCAAUCGUCGGUCGAAUCAAUUGAAGCUGCAACAAAACCUGCCAAAGUUUCUCACAAUUGAAGUCUUGUCUAGUCAGAAAAAAGUGUCCGUUACGGUGGAUGGAACCACGAUUUUGGAAAAUUCAGACGAUCAAAAAGGCCGUGGCAUUCACAUUCUAGUCCUGAAUCAAUCUUCUGGGGCAGUUAUGGCCCAAAGAUCGUUUGAUACCUACUCACCCCACGAAGACGAAGCCAUGAGCUUGUUCUUGAACUUAGUGUCGCCAGGGCGGAUCAUUAUCCUGGCCAUUCGGGACGAGGCCACCUUUCAAAUGAAGACCCCGGCCAGGGAGCUGUUGCACCGACUUGGGGCCAAAAAGGCCAAAAAACUGGGUUGGAGAGACAUGUGGGCCAUGGUGACGGUGAAACGGGGUCAAGUGUUCGGAGAGUCGUUUAGCAAGUCAUCCGGUUUCAAUACAUGGGGCACACCGGUUUUCUUAAGGGCCGAGGUCCCAUUGUCUUCCAAUUCUAACUGUCAGGCAUGGCCAAGUUCGGAGGAAUCCAAGCGACGUCAUGAAUUCUGUGAUAACUACGAGGGCUACGGUCUGGUUUGCAACUGUGAGGACCCGGCCCCCAUAUCCAACCUGUCACCUGGCCGUGUCCUGAAUAAUCAAGUGGCCGAUGUUCCAGUGGCUAUCAUCGCGUCAAACCGUCCCCAAUACCUUUAUCGAAUGUUAAGAACCUUAUUGUCAGCCGAUGGGGCGGAUCCGGAGAUGAUCACGGUUUUCAUCGAUGGAUUCUAUGAGGAACCUCUGGCCGUUGCUAAACUCUUUGGCCUUCGAGGAAUUCAACACACGCCUAUUGGGACACGGAACUCCAGGAUAUCUCAGCACUAUCGGGCCUCCCUCACGGCCACUUUCAAUAUCUACCCCAACGCCAAGUACGCAAUCGUUCUAGAGGAGGACCUCGAUGUGUCGCCCGACUUCUUUGGGUACUUCUCUCAGACCUUGAGACUCCUGGAGGAGGACGAUUCCCUUUAUUGUGUAUCAGCUUGGAAUGACCAGGGUUACCAACAUACCGUUUCUGAUCCGGGUAUUUUGUAUCGCGUCGAAACAAUGCCGGGAUUAGGGUGGAUCCUGAAGAAAUCCUUGUAUAAACAGGAGUUGGAACCCCGUUGGCCUACUCCCGAGAAGAUGUGGGAUUGGGACAUGUGGAUGAGGCUCAAAGAGAUCAGAAAGGGUCGAGAAUGCAUUGUGCCCGAUGUGUCACGGACUUAUCACUUUGGAUCUUCAGGCUUGAACAUGAAUUCCUAUUUCCAAGACGUCUACUUCAAGAAGCACUCCGUCAACAAUGAGCGACACGUCGAGCUCAAGAAUGUGGAGAGCUUGAAGCAACACACCUAUGAGGAUCUCCUUCAUCGCUCCAUUCAACGUGCCAAUGUGCUUUCGACCUCAGUGUCGCCAUGUUCGGGCAAAUUCAAAGUUCCCAAGCGCUCCAAGAAGAGUCUUCAACGACCUUCGAGUUCGAUCGAGUCCAACGUGCUGUACAUUCAAAUGAGGGAUGCCAAAGAUUUCGAGACUUGGCUGGAAUUGGCCCGAUGUCUGCACAUUUGGGACCUAGAUGCCCGGGGAUUUCAUCGGGGCCUUUGGCGGAUGCAUUAUCGAGGAGUGCCUCUCUUCAUUGUCGGGGUUCCAUUUUCUGAUUACGCGAAACACAAGCCGAAACAUGUCAAGCCACUUGUACUGAAGAAAACUACUGCUUCGUCUUCUUCAUCGAAUCACAACACUCCCACCACGGCCGCCAAACCCGGCGGAGGUGGCGGUUCUUAACGCUUCUCGAAAAUCCCUGAAAUCCUGCGUUUCCCUUGUUUGGACCUCAUUGACUAUUCCUCAAGUGGAUGAAAGGUGAUCAACCUUAAACCCAGGGCAUUACUAUCAUUAUAACUUCUACUAUUACCAAGCCUACGAGACGUCUGCUUGGUAUGGCUAUUACUGCUGAUGCUACUCCUGCCACCAACAUCAAGACCCAGAAGACCUUCUCGGGAGUUAAACAAAACCUCAUCAAAAUGCAGAUCUUUUAAAUCUCUUUUACCCGCGUGUCUUGAGUGUCGGCUUGUUGGAAUGCUAAUUCUGCGUGAUAAAUCUACUUUUUCCACCUAA